GAAAGCACUUGGAAGGUAAGGAGCAGGAAGGAGCGCGAUGGAUGCGUUGGUGUUAGAUGGCGCUACAAACUUCAUGCGCUAGUAUCAAGCAUUCAAUACCGCCUAGUGGGAUCAGCAGACACAGAAGGAGUGACACUUCGGCUUUCGGGCCGCCAGCUCGGCCUUUUCGCCGGCAGGGAAGCGAGCCAUUUGGAUUGAAGAGAGAGACGCAACAGUUGAACAAAAGCCCCGUGCUAGAACGUCAAGUUGCAUCACUACCCCCGCCAUAUGACGUCGGGACAAUGGCACCGGAAGUGAUAAUAAAAGAUGGAAAGCCACAUUUAACGGAUUCUGAAGCGCCCCUUGCAGAAACAGAUGCUCAGGUAAAUGAAGUUAUCUAUGUUUAUGCUAAAACAAAGGUAAAUGAAGUCACCUAUGCUGAUGCUAAAACAAAGGUAGAUGAAGUUACCUAUGUUGAUGUUAAAACACAGGUAAAUGAAGUUACCUAUGUUGAUGUUAAAACACAGGUAGAUAAAGUUACCUAUGUUGAUGUUAAAACACAAGUAGGUGAAGUUACCUAUGUUGAUGUUAAAACACAGGUAAAUGAAGUUACCUAUGUUGAUGUUAAAACACAAGUAGAUGAAGUUACCUAUGUUGAUGUUAAAACACAGGUAAAUGAAGUUACCUAUGUUGAUGUUAAAACACAAGUAAAUGAAGUUACCUAUGUUGAUGUUAAAACACACGUAGAUGAAGUCACCUAUGUUGAUGUUAAAACACAGGUAAAUGAAGUUACCUAUGUUGAUGUUAAAACACAGGUAGAUGAAGUUACCUAUGUUGAUGUUAAAACACAGGUAUAUGAAGUUACCUAUGUUGAUGUUAAAACACAGGUAUAUGAAGUUACCAAUGUUUAUGCUAAAACACAGGUAAAUGAAGUUACCUAUGUUAAAGUUAAAACACAGGUAAAUGAAGUAAUCUAUGUUGAUGUUAAAACACAGGUAUAUGAAGUUACCUAUGUUGAUGUUAAAACACAGGUAAAUGAAGUUACCUAUGUUGAUGUUAAAACACACGUAGAUGAAGUCACCUAUGUUGAUGUUAAAACACAGGUAAAUGAAGUUACCUAUGUUGAUGUUAAAACACAGGUAGAUGAAGUUACCUAUGUUGAUGUUAAAACACAGGUAUAUGAAGUUACCUAUGUUGAUGUUAAAACACAGGUAUAUGAAGUUACCUAUGUUUAUGCUAAAACACAGGUAAAUGAAGUUACCUAUGUUGAAGUUAAAACACAGGUAAAUGAAGUUACCUAUGUUGAUGUUAAAACACAGGUAAAUGAAGUUACCUAUGUUGAUGCUGAAACACAGGUAGAUGAAGUUACCUAUGUUGAUGGUAAAACACAGGUAAAUGAAGUUACCUAUGUUGAUGCUGAAACACAGGUUAAUGAAGUUACCUAUGUUGAUGUUAAAACACAGGUAAAUGAAGUCACCUAUGCUGAUGCUAAAACACAGGUGAAUGAAGUUAUCUAUGUUGAUGUUAAAACACAAGUAGAUGAAGUUACCUAUGCUGAUGCUGAAACACAGGUAGAUGAAGUUACCUAUGUUGAUGGUAAAACACAGGUAAAUGAAGUUACCUAUGUUGAUGCUGAAACACAGGUAAAUGAAGUUACCUAUGUUGAUGGUAAAACACAAGUAGAUGAAGUUACCUAUGCUGAUGUUAAAACACAGGUAAAUGAAGUUACCUAUGUUGAUGUUAAAACACAGGUAAAUGAAGUUACCUAUGUUGAUGUUAAAACACAAGUAAAUGAAGUUACCUAUGUUGAUGUUAAAACACAGGUAAAUGAAGUUACCUAUGUUUAUGCUAAAACACAGGUAAAUGAAGUUACCUAUGUUGAUGUUAAAACACAGGUAAAUGAAGUUACCUAUGUUUAUGCUAAAACACAGGUAAAUGAAGUUACCUAUGUUGAUGUUAAAACACAGGUAAAUGAAGUUACCUAUGUUGAUGUUAAAACACAGGUAAAUGAAGUUACCUAUGUUGAUGUUAAAACACAGGUAAAUGAAGUUACCUAUGUUGAUGUUAAAACACAGGUAAAUGAAGUUACCUAUGUAGAUGUUAAAACACAGGUAAAUGAAGUUACCUAUGUUGAUGUUAAAACACAGGUAAAUGAAGUUACCUAUGUUGAUGUUAAAACACAGGUAAAUGAAGUUACCUAUGUUUAUGUUAAAACACAGGUAAAUGAAGUUACCUAUGUUGAUGUUAAAACACAAGUAGAUGAAGUUACCUAUGUUGAUGUUAAAACACAAGUAGAUGAAGUUACCUAUGUUGAAGUUAAAACACAGGUUAAUGAAGUUACCUAUGUUGAUGUUAAAACACAGGUAUAUGAAGUUACCUAUGUUGAUGUUAAAACACAAGUAGAUGAAGUUACCUAUGUUGAUGUUAAAACACAGGUAAAUGAAGUUACCUAUGUUGAUGUUAAAACACAGGUAAAUGAAGUUACCUAUGUUGAUGUUAAAACACAAGUAGAUGAAGUUACCUAUGUUGAUGUUAAAACACAAGUAGAUGAAGUUACCUAUGUUGAUGUUAAAACACAGGUAAAUGAAGUUACCUAUGUUGAUGUUAAAACACAGGUAAAUGAAGUUACCUAUGUUGAUGUUAAAACACAAGUAGAUAAAGUUACCUAUGCUGAUGCUGAAACACAGGUAAAUGAAGUUACCUAUGUUGAUGUUAAAACACAGGUAAAUGAAGUUACCUAUGUUGAUGUUAAAACACAGGUAAAUGAAGUUACCUAUGUUGAUGUUAAAACACAGGUAGAUAAAGUUACCUAUGUUGAUGUUAAAACACAAGUAGAUGAAGUUACCUAUGUUGAUGUUAAAACACAAGUUGAUGAAGUUACCUAUGUUGAUGUUAAAACACAGGUAGAUGAAGUUAUCUAUGAUGAUGUUAAAACACAGGUAAAUGAAGUUACCUAUGUUGAUGUUAAAACACAGGUAGAUAAAGUUACCUAUGUUGAUGUUAAAACACAAGUAGAUGAAGUUACCUAUGUUGAUGUUAAAACACAUGUAGAUGAAGUUACCUAUGUUGAUGCUAAAACACAGGUAGAUGAAGUUACCUAUGUUGAUGUUAAAACACAGAUAGAUGAAGUUACCUAUGUUGAUGUUAAAACACAGGUAGAUGAAGUUACCUAUGUUGAUGGUAAAACACAAGUAGAUGAAGUAGUCUAUGUUGAUGUUAAAACACAGGUAUAUGAAGUAGUCUAUGUUGAUGUUAAAACACAAGUAGAUGAAGUUACCUAUGUUGAUGUUAAAACACAAGUAGAUGAAGUUACCUAUGUUGAUGGUAAAAUACAAGUAGAUGAAGUAGUCUAUGUUGAUGUUAAAACACAAGUAGAUGAAGUUACCUAUGUUGAUGUUAAAACACAAGUAGAUGAAGUUACCUAUGUUGAUGCUAAAGCACAGGUAGAUGAAGUUACCUAUGUUGAUGUUAAAACACAGGUAGAUGAAGUUACCUAUGUUGAUGUUAAAACACAAGUAGAUGAAGUUACCUAUGCUGAUGCUGAAUCACAGGUAGAUGGAGCUACCUAUGUUGAUGUUAAAACACAGGUAGAUGAAGUUACCUAUGUUGAUGUUAAAACACAGGUAGAUAAAGUUACCUAUGUUGAUGUUAAAACACAAGUAGAUGAAGUUACCUAUGUUGAUGCUAAAACACAGGUAGAUGAAGUUACCCAUGUUGAUGUUAAAACACAGGUAGAUGAAGGUACCUAUGUUGAUGUUAAAACACAGGUAUAUGAAGUAGUCUAUGUUGAUGUUAAAACACAAGUAGAUGAAGUUACCUAUGUUGAUGUUAAAACACAAGUAGAUGAAGUUACCUAUGUUGAUGGUAAAACACAAGUAGAUGAAGUAGUCUCUGUUGAUGUUAAAACACAAGUAGAUGAAGUUACCUAUGUUGAUGUUAAAACACAGGUAGAUGAAGUUACCUAUGUUGAUGUUAAAACACAAGUAGAUGAAGUUACCUAUGUUGAUGUUAAAACACAAGUAGAUGAAGUUACCUAUAUUGAUGUUAAAACACAGGUAUAUGAAGUUACCUAUGUUUAUGCUAAAACAAAGGUAAAUGAAGUUACCUAUGUUGAUGUUAAAACACAGGUAAAUGAAGUUACCUAUGUUGAAGUUAAAACACAGGUAAAUGAAGUUACCUAUGUUGAUGUUAAAACACAGGUAGAUGAAGUUACCUAUGUUGAAGUUAAAACACAGGUAGAUGAAGUUAUCUAUGUUGAUGUUAAAACACAGGAAGAAGAGAGAGAAACAUGGAGCAAGAAACUCGACUUCCUUCUCUCCGUCAUCGGAUUCGCUGUGGACCUUGGGAACGUCUGGCGGUUUCCCUAUAUCUGCUACAAGAACGGCGGAGGGGCGUUCCUCAUUCCGUACCUCGUAAUGCUGAUUUUUGGAGGCCUUCCAUUGUUCUACCUUGAGUUGGCAAUGGGGCAAUUCCAGAGAACUGGCUGCAUCACCGUAUGGACAAGAAUAUGCCCAAUGUUUAAAGGUAUAGGGUACGGCAUCUGUAUAUGUGCUUUCUACGUGGCAAUCUAUUACAACACUAUCAUCGCUUGGGCCGUCUUUUAUCUGGGGUCUUGCUUUCAAGCACAGGUUCCCUGGGCGACGUGCAAUAACGAGUGGAACACUGAAAACUGCACCUCCCUAGCAUUCCCUGAUGAAAACUCAACUGUUCACAGUAACUUCUCUGAAUCAUCAGCAGAAGAAUUUUUCAGGCGGAGGGUACUUCAAAUAAAUUUGUCUACUGGUAUAAAUGACAUAGGCGGCAUACGGUGGCCUAUAAUGUUAUGUUUGAUGGCAGUAUUUCUGGUAGUCUACUUCGCUCUAUGGAAAGGAAUCAAAAGUGUCGGAAAAGCAGUUUGGGUGACCGCUACUUUACCAUAUAUAGUCCUGUUUAUACUCCUAAUCCGGGGAGUUACCCUGCCUGGAUCUGCUGAUGGCAUCCUCUACUAUAUCACUCCGCAGUGGGAUAAACUCCAAAAUAGACAGGUCUGGACGGCUGCAGCUUCACAAAUCUUUUUCUCCCUGGGCCCUGGUUUCGGCGUACUUCUAGCACUCUCUAGUUACAAUAAGUUUCACAAUAACUGCUACAGGGAUGCCCUUAUAACAAGCAGCAUAAAUUGCCUUACCAGCUUCCUUGCAGGGUUUGUUGUAUUUUCUGUACUUGGAUACAUGGCUUUCAAACAGGGCAAAGACAUCGAGAAAGUGGCAGAGCCUGGUCCUGGACUUGUCUUCAUAGCAUACCCGGAAGCUCUUGCAACUUUAGAUGGCGCUGUAUUCUGGUCGUUCAUAUUCUUUACUAUGCUUAUUAUGCUCGGGCUUGACACAACCUUUGGUGGGUUGGAAGCAAUAAUUACAGCCGUCCAUGACGAGUACCCAGCUACUCUGAAGAGACGAGAACUGUUUGUUGCUGUCUUGAUCGUGUUCAUUUUCUUUGGUGCACUUCCUACAACAACAUAUGGAGGUAAUUAUGUCAUUCAGCUGCUGGACACACAUGGGGCUCCAAUUGCUCUUCUGUUCAUCGUCUUUGUUGAGGCAGUUGCAGUUAACUGGUUCUAUGGGGUACGUCGGUUUAGUGCUGAUAUCAAAACGAUGCUCGGGGCAGGACCAGGAAUAUUUUGGAAGAUAUGCUGGGCAGGAAUUAGUCCUAUAUUUCUUUUCAUUCUCUUCAUAAUGUCAUGUGUGGACUAUAAUCCAGAUGAAAUGGACAAGAACUAUCAGUAUCCACGCUGGGCUAUAGCAAUGGGAUGGUUAGUUACGUGUUCUUCGAUCAUUUGCAUACCGAUAUACCUCAUUUACAAGUUCAUAGCAACGGAAGGGUCCAUAGCUCGUAGAGCAUAUACGAUCAUCCAGCCCGAAGCAAGACCUCGUAUGCACGACACAGAAGAAACACCAAUUCGAUUAUCCAACAUGGUGGAAGAUGGCGUCCAGCUGUAACCAUAGUGACGACCACUGGCAGGCAUCAUCCAAUAGACACAUUGUACGAUGAGAGAACAAUUUCAUACUGGUGUGUGUAGCAUCUAUGAGUGAGAUCCUUAUUGAAUCUCAAUUCUCACAUACUCCUAAGCAGGUGUCCAGAAUCCGUACCUCCUUCUUCAAAAAGAAAGAAGGUAUUCUGGAUGAUUUUAGAGCUCUGCG